AUGUACACUUACAGAUUAGCUAACAGAGCUAAGGAGGAUCAUCAAAGCGGGUGUGAUUCAGAAGGCAGUGUGUGCUUUGGUGUCAAGCGUAUACCACUCCUUGAGGUUUUGUAUUUGGAAAGUGGAUGUGCUAGCAACUUCAAGGUGUUUGAUGAUGUUUCUUCUCUAUCACGAGCUAAGGAGACAUGGAGAAUCUUAGUGAAGGUUAUAAGGGCAUGGAAAGGUCAGAGAUUAAGUGGUAGCAUGUUAGCAUUCACUCUCGAGGUUGUUCUCAUGGACAAUAAGGAAUUUCACCUCAAGACAUCAGAGAGGGCCAUGCACACACAUGCUUCUUCAUCAUCGACACUUCAAUGCGAUGGUUCUCAUAAGGUCUGGGCCCCUGGUUUCUAUGCAGCGUUUCUCAACAAGAAUAAGGUCUCUACAAAAGGACGUGUAUUCUUUGAUGAAUCCGGCAUUAAAGUAUCAAUUAGCAGUGAUGCAGCUGCAGGACCCAAAACUGCAGCAACAGAAGCAUAUUCGCUAUUGAUACUAAAGAAAUUUUUGGAGGUUAUUCUGUAUCUCCCAACUAUGAAUAGGAGGCUCUCUAAUUUUUUGAGCAUGUUAUCAACAAAGCAACCAAGUUGUCUGCAGUUAUACAUGUAUAGUUUUGUAGACAUAAUUAUAUCCGUUGUUUCAGUGGAAUUGUUUGCGGAGGCACAACGUAGUGUUGGACAUGAUGUGAGGGCAUGCAAUUUUGUGUCCUCACCCCAUGUUGACCACCUUAUAAAUGAUCCAAAAUUGUAUACUUCUCAGAUAAGUAAAUUUCUAGAGGAGUGUGUUCAAUAA